GGCCGAGCGCGGCACCUGGGGACAGCCGGGCUCGGCUGGCUGCGGCUGGGGCGGGCCGGCCAGAGAUGAGAUGGGUGGUGUGGGACCGGGGUCGGCGUGCUGGGAUGGGACGGGUCGGGUGUGGCUGCCGGUGGGGGAUCGCUGCUGGCGCGCUUCUGACAACCUGACACAGGGCCGGCUGCUGGCGCUGGGAGGCUGCGCGGUGCUCCUGGGAUCGGCGCUGGCGGCGGGGGACGAGCGGCUGUACGCGGCGGCGGUGAUGCCCGCGCUCCGGGCGCUGCCCCCUGAGGCCGCCCACGGCCUGGCCUUGCGCGCCGCCGGCCUCGGGCUGCUGCUCCCCGCCCGGCCCGACGGCCCCGCGCUGGAGGUGCGAGUCCUCGGGCAGCGAUUCCGCAACCCAGUGGGCCUGGCUGCUGGCUUCGACAAGCAGUGUGAGGCUGUGGACGGGCUGUACAAGAUGGGCUUUGGCUUUGUGGAAGUGGGGACUGUCACGCCCGAGCCCCAGGAAGGGAACCCCAAGCCCAGGGUCUUCCGGCUGGCAGAGGACGAGGCUGUCAUCAACAGGUACGGAUUCAAUAGCCAUGGCCAUGUUGCAGUGGAGCGCAGGCUGCGAGCCCGCCAGGAGACACAGACCAGGCUCACUGCUGCUGGGAUGCCUCUUGGAGUCAACCUGGGCAAGAACAAGAGCUCUCCUGAUGCUGCAGCUGACUAUGUGGCUGGGGUCCGGACGCUGGGCCCUUUGGCUGACUACCUCGUUGUGAAUGUGUCCAGCCCGAACACCCCAGGGCUGCGGGACCUGCAGGGCAAGGCUGAGCUGCGGGACCUGCUCAGCAAGGUGCUGGUGGAGAGGGACCGACUGCCCUGUGAGCGUAAGCCAGCUGUGCUGGUGAAGAUUGCCCCUGACCUCACUGCACAAGACAAGCAGGACAUCGCCAGCGUUGUCUGUGAGCUAGGUGUGGAUGGGCUGAUAGUCAGCAACACCACCGUGAGCCGUCCCAGCAGCCUCCGGAGCAGGCAGCGCCUGGAGCCGGGGGGCCUCAGUGGGAAGCCCCUGCGGGAGCUCUCCACACAGACCAUCAGGGAGAUGUACACUCUCACUCAAGGCCGAGUGCCCAUUAUCGGCGUGGGCGGGGUGAGCAGUGGGAAGGAUGCCCUGGAGAAGAUCCGUGCUGGAGCCUCGCUCGUGCAGCUGUACACAGCACUUGUGUACCACGGGCCGCCCGUGGUGCGGGCAGUGAAGCGGGAACUGGAGGAGCUGCUGAGGGCUUCAGGAAUGUCAUGGAGGCCGUUGGAGCAGAUCACCGCUGCUGACAUGCUGCACCGUGAAGGUCCAGCUGGGUGGGAGGACCCGUGGCUGACCAGGGAUGGGUGUGACAAUUGCAGUGCCUGGGACUGAGAGAAGGUCCUGGUUCCAGCCCCUGGGAAGGGUCUGAUGGGGGGAGCAGGGGACUGUGCUGCUUUUCAGGACUGUGUUUUGGCUUCCCUGCGGCCAGCAGAACUGAAUGUCAAUAAACAUUUGGCUCACCUGG